AUGAGUACGCAAUCAGUUUUCGCUGGAUAUAUGAAGGAGCUACUAACCGACUUCAAGGCAAAGAUGAAAUGUCAUCAAGAUGACGGACAACCAAGAGGAAUCUGUCAAUUGCUAGAGAUCAGUGCAGACACCCCCUUAAAUCAGUUCAGGCUUUAUGAACCGGCAGAAGAGGAAAAUAGACCCGGGGAAGCCGAGCGGGUAUACGGCACUACUACGAGUAUAUGUCAGAAAUUAGAAGAGUGGAUCACAACAAAAGAAAUAAAAGAAAUAAACGGAAAAAUCUAUCUGAAAGGAGAAUGUAGCUAUGAAGAAUAUACAGACAGAACCCAAAACACCAGGAGCCAGAGGUGUACCCCCAAAACCGAAUUAUUGAAUUGGGACCACUAUACAAAGGACACUACAGUCAGGAAAGGGGACUCCAGCACCCAAGCCUUAAAUCUCUGUAUGAAUAUAGUAACACUAAUAUUAGUCAACUCUGGACUCACUAAGACUGGGGCCAGGGUGGAGCUGGAAGUAGCGAAGAAGGACAAUUAUUGUGACCUUGUUUAUAAGGCGCUAGCUAACUGGGCCACGCCAGAAUUAGCGGAAAAGAUAAUGUUCCAGUGGUUUACAGUGCAAAACAUUCCGGAAGGAAAGCGGCCCCGGUACGAAAUAACAGGCCAGGAUUUUUUCGAGGCCAUAUCUAUAGCAAAUAGCACAAGACACCACCCUGAGAAGGGAAUGCAUUGCGA